CAUUGACAUUCAAAAUUUUUCAGUGUGCCGGGCGCCGGCCGCUGUGUGACUUAUUUAAAUGCGAUUUGUUUAAAUUCCAAUUUCCAAUAAUACUUGUUGAUUCGAUCUUUUUUGACAAAAAUGCUUUAAAUUGAACGAUACUUUGGUUAACAUCUCCUAAAGUUGUGAAAAAGAAAGCAGAACCAUGAAGGAACAUUUGUACGCACUCGGAGUGACCUGCAUCCAACAUAUCCAAUAUUGGUGCUCAGAUUAUGCUCCAUUCUUAGAGCAAGUCAACAAUUUCUACAAUCCAAACAAUGUACUAGAUAUAUUGUUCCCAGUUAUAUCAUUCGUGGACUCUGUAUUUGCUUCACAACUCUUACUUGUCACAUCAUUCGGUGGCUGGCUAAAUUGCAUAUUGAAAUGGUGGUUCCUAGAAGACCGACCAUACUGGUGGAUCCAAGAAACAAACUACUAUAUAGGAUCUGAAAGACCAAAGUUGUUACAAACAUCUCAAACAUGUGAAACCGGGCCAGGAAAUCCUUCUGGCCAUACAGCUACUGCAGCUUCCGUUCUAGUUCUUGCUAUUAUGUGGAUUUCUCACAUUUUCAAUGAUCGCAAAUGGAAGACCUCUCUUUGGAAGUAUGCCGUAUACCCACUGUUUGGAAGUCUACUGAUUAGUGUGAUGUUGGCACGGAUGUAUAUAGGUACACACUUUCCACACCAGUGUAUUGUGGGAGCAAUUAUUGGUGCGUUCCUGGCUCCAGCACUAUGCAUCUACAUAUCGGAUCCCUAUAUAUGGCAGUACGGCUCCUAUUUGAAAUAUUCACCGAAACAAUCGAUUAAAUUUCACAUGACAUGCGCAGUGACAGCGAUCGCGAUGUGUCUCGUGACAUAUCAUACGUUGUUAUUGAGUGGAAUUGAUCCGGAUUAUACUGUGAGAUUGGCUUUCCGUUGGUGCGAUAAUCCAGACGACAUCCACGUAUCAACAACUCCAAUGUUCGCGAUGGUCCAAUGCACGGGUGCAAUGCUCGGAUGGUCUAUGUUCGUUACUCCAGCCGUUUCAAGAUUCCGCCACGACACAUACAAGAGAUCUUUCAUAGUUUCAGCCGUUUCGACUAUUCUUAUAACAUACGGAUUGCACUGCGCAGAGGCCGCUAUACCCGAUGAAAACAUUACGACAUUCUACACACUGAAUUUCAUUAUAAACAUCAUAAAGCCACUUCUCUAUCUGAGGGUGCUUCCAGAGUUGUCGAUGUUGCCAUUCAAGGACAAACCUCAAAAUUUUAUUAAUUAAAAAUGGCGAGCGUUUUGCGCGGUGUUUAAUGUCAAAUUUAUACCAAAUAUAUCUUAAAUUUAUGGCUCAUUUCUAAUGUCACUGUCAAGUAUAAAAAAAUAGAAUAAUGUCUUGAAAAAAUACAACUGUCAACAAUAAAAAAUCGGUGUUGUGGUACUGCAUUUAAAAUAUGUGUGUAUUUGUCUAUUCUAAGCACAAAGAUGCUGAAUUAACCAGUAGUUGUCUAUAUUGAAAUAAAGAUUAUCCCCCCUGUUUAUAAAAUACCAAAUAGCACUUUUAAAUUAAAGUACUUUUCGUCUCGUCUCUUGUGAUGAAAAGAAACAGGUGAGUACUUUAAAAAAAGGGGGCAAUUGGACUUUUAUGAAUGAGGGGGUAAAUCAAUAAGUGUGAUAUUUAAGAAGUAAUUAUAAGCUUUCGGGUUUUUUGAAGUCUGGCAAGCUAUCCUAUUUUAGUUAAAUCUUCGGUGUUAUUAAUUUAAAUACUGUUUUUUUUUAAUUUAUAUAUUGUUUUUAUGACAAAGUUUAACAAGCUUAUAUUAGUUAUCAUAGUUUUGAACUUAUGAUAAAUUAUUCUCGGUUAUUAAUCUGUGUGUAAACUUAAUUAUUCAUAGAAACUAGAUAUCUAACAAAAACACCUCUAUAACGAUAAAAAGUUCGCUACUUCAUAAAAUUUAGAUCCCUUCAUUUUAAAAUAAUAUUUAGUUUUUAUGAAUCACAUAGUUUGUAUGUUUAAUUCUUCACAAUUUUAAUGAAUCUCAAUGUCGUAGAUAAUUGUGUAGACUUAUUGUAGUGGAUUAUUAUAAUUCUGUGAUCUAUUUUUUGUUCAUCAAAUGAAUGUUGUUUUAAUAAAGUAUAUUCAACUGUGA